AUGUGUAUUUUAUAACCGUGUUCUUAUUCCAUACCUGAAUGUGAUGUUUUGUAAAAUGACAAUGUGCAAUAAAGUUUAUUUUAAAAAAAUCGAUGUCGAACUUUCACUUCCUUCAACCAAUCAGAUCUUGAGGUUUAUGCAACGUCACAGUAUUCCGACCUUCUGAUUGGACCUGCAUUAGUGCGCUAAAAAACGUGUUUGCCCAAAAUGGCUGAAGAAGGAAAAGAAGUGGAUUUGGUGGCGGAUUUAAUCUCAAGACCUUUUUCAAGACGCACUCUUCAAGAAAAGCUGGACAUUGUCAAGAAAGGUCGAGUAACUCCGGCGCUAACUAGCUUGUCGCAACCAGGAGGAGGAUUUGUCCGCCAUUUCCAGGUCACCAACUACGAGCGGUACCCCUGGCUCACAGGCUCCGAGGUACACUGCAAACUGUAUUGCUGGGAGUGCUUGUUGUUUGCCUUGGAUCGACAUGGUGUUUGGAGCCACACAGGGUUUGGAAAUUUGACUUGCCUAACAAAGGCAGCAAAGAAACACCAAAACACUGCCGGACACUUGCAGUCCAUCGUGCUCUCAAAAACGUUCGGGGAAAGCAGAGUGGAGCUACAGCUAAACGAGCACGCGCGCAGGGAAACGGAGCUUCACAACGAAAAGGUGAAGAAAAACAGAGAAAUCUUAAAAAGACUGAUAGACUGUGUUCUUUUUUUGGGCAAGCAAGAGCUUUCAUUUCGGGGACGCGACGAGAGCGGUGGAUCCAGCAACAGAGGAAACUACUGCGAGCUCCUAUCUGUCAUUGCUGAGAGCAACACGGAUUUGCAUUACCACCUGUCCACGAACGAAGCGUUCAGUGGGACUUCAGGGAAAAUACAAGACGACCUGAUCAGCGCGAUUGAUGAAGUGAUCCGAGACGAGAUCAGAAGGGAAGUGAAAAAUGCGCCGUUUGUGUCUGUGAUGGUGGAGGAGACGACAGACGCGAGUAACGCUGCACAGCUGGCGCUGGCCCUGCGUUACGUGACGCGUUCAGGAGUAAAGGAGCGAUUUGUCCGCUUUGAGGACGUCACCAGUGGGAAGCGAGCUGAUGACAUUGCAGAUCGCCAUGGCGCACGCAGCUGCUGGAUGAAAUUUGCCAGCGGCGUCUCCCUGGUGUGACGCCAACGCCAUGGCAGUCCACGUCCAGAGUGGUCAAUACAGUCUUUGAGAAGAGAGAGGCCCUGAAGGAACUGUUUGGUCACAUUUUGGAGAAUCAUAGCGAGUAUGAUGAGGACUCCGUGCGCUGUGCUGAUGGAUUCAAAGCCCUUCUGGAUUGUUUUGAGUUUUGUUUUUUGCUUCACACAUUUAAUGGCAUUUUUCACUACUCAGACAUGCUAUUUUCAAUACUCCAAGACAAAAAAUCGGAUGUGCAGUUUUGUCUGGACAGAGUAAAGGAGUUCUGCGACACUGUUGAGCGAGAGAGAAGCAGAUAUGAGGGAGUCUACGAGGCCACAGAGCGCGCUGCAGGCGCUCCGAGUGCACGAAAAUGUCACGCUGUAGAUCCACGCGAGCACUAUCGCCAGCUCCACGGCAGCAUCCUAGACAACAUCAUCUGCCAGAC